AUGCAGGUGCUGCGGGGAGCAAGAUUGCAGCUGAAGGCGAAGGGAUCCGACGGCCAAAGUCCGCUGUCGGCUGUUGAAAUCGGUUCACUCGGUGAUGUUGCGAGAAGUGAAAUGCUCUGCCGCAAUGAUGCCUACAUAGGUGUCGGGGCCAUGCCGUAUGAGAUAUGCGUCAAGAAUCGGCUCUCUCACAGCACCAUGAUUUCGCUGCUUUCCGAGCUGGGAGACCGGCUGAUGAAAUCACUUGAAGCAGGACGUGAAGGCAUUCCUCAAAUUGCACGCAUAGAGCGGCGGACUGCACAAAGGCAGAUUGAUUUUUACUUCAGGCCGCAAGGCCCAGCGUUAGCGGCGCUAGCCGAUCUGUGGAAGGCCGAGGAGCCGCUGUUUUUCAACGGUGUGGAGCUCUUGGACGAGGAAGCAACCCUCUUGGAGUACAACAUCGUCGGCCCCAUUGUGCACUUGGGAGGCUGCGCAGCCUUUGACCUCGAGUGCGAGCUCCCUUCGGGACGACAGCUCAGGGAGAGCGUCACGGGUGACACCACUGUGGCACAGCUGAAGGGCCGGAUCACAUCCGAGGCAGGCAUACCUUACCUUUGCAUGAAGCUCCUUGCGGGCGACCUCGAACUUCGGGACCCGGUGUGUCUUCGGCACUAUGAUCUGGCAGGGCUGGGUCUGAGAGUCGUGACGACCCGGAGGGAGGGCCUCCCGAACCUCCGGCCAGGCUCUGCUCUCCGUCCAGCCUUCGCUCGCCUCGCUCGCUUGCCCUACAUCGAUUUCCAUUUUGAGGAUGGGCCCCGGACAGGUGCUCUGCCCGCGCCCACUGUCGCAGAGUUGGUCUUACCUUGGAGAGGGCAGGACGCGGACUUCCCCGACUUCAGGGAAGUGGUGGCAGCACUUUUCGUGCUGCUUCACAAAUACAGCCACCAAGAACACCUGGCAUUGGGCCUCCUGAAGGUCCAGGCGGGGCUAGCGAGAAGCACGCGAACCGUGAGGGUCACAGAGGUUUCCUCCUGUUCCUUCGAGGACUUAAAGGUCGCUGCAGGAGAGGCCGACGCCUUUGCCACCGAAGCCGAAUUCACCCAGGUCAUGGUUGGGGACGGAGACGCUCAGGACUCUGCAGGCAUGGGCACCGCCCCAGCAGGUUUCGAGCUCAUGGUUUGCAGGUGCUCGGGGCAGGAUGGCAAGGUGAUGAAGUGGCUCUGGCGGAGGUCCUGCUUCUCGGAGACCUUCGUUCGGCGAGCACAGGAUCACCUCGACCGCUUGCUCCAGCUGGGGCGUGGUUCCGAAUCGCGUGUCCGCGAGUGGGAGUGGACUUCGCAGGAAGAGGACCGGCAGGUCCUCGGAAGCUUCAACCUGACCACCACCACUUCCAGCUGCGAGACAUCAGUUCUGGACCUCGUUGCACACGUGGCAGUGGACAUGCCUGCGCAUUCUGCUGUGGUUCAGGACGGUGACAUGCUUUCUCCCUUGAGCUAUGCACAGCUCUGGUCCCUGGCCGGCCGAGUGGCGGUGGCUUUGCCCGAUGCAGAUGUCGGUGCAGUCGCGAUCCUGCUUCCUCGCGGGGUCUCAAUGGCAUCGCCCCAAGCCUCUGCAGCGCCAGUUCUCGGACUCUUUGAGUUUCUCUUUGAGGUGCUUGCGCUGCUUGGGGUCUGGCGUUGGGAGCCCAGAGCGACCUGCGCCUCGAGCCGCCCAGCCGCCGCGCUCCGCGGCACCCCUCAUGAGGCGCCGGGGGCUGUUGCGUGCCACUGGACCUCCGCGCUCCCAGACCACGCCUGGCAGCUGGGACAGAGCGAAGAUCUGAAUCUCAAUUCUGAAAUCAGUGCACCAAGGAGCAGAUGCUCAAGGAUGCGGAGGCAGAUUGGCGAUGAGCUUGUGCUGUCAAGUGGAGAGAACAAGUGCCAGGUGCGGCUUGCAAUCACAAAUCGGGAUUUGCAGCUGACGUGGCUGCCAAGCCCAGCAAUUCUCUACAUGGAGGACAUCCAAGACACGGCAAGCCUUGGUGAAGGCGUGGAGGGCGGGCGGCCAACUUACGCUCCCGAUGAUGUGGCUUAUAUCCUCUUCACCAGUGGCUCGACGGGGGUACCGAAGGGAGUUCUCUUGACCCACCAGAACGUCUUGGCCUACACUCGCUGGCAUGUGCCCUAUUACCAGUUGACUCACGAGGACCGCGUUCCUCACGCCGCAGGGCUCUCCUUCGAUGCCUCCUUGGCGGAGAUUUGGCCAACACUCAGUAUUGGGGGCUGCGUGCUUCCGGUUCCCGAUGACAACUUGCGCCUGCUUCCAGAGGCGCUGUGCAAAUGGUAUGCCGAGGCCGGAGCAACUGUGGCUUUUCUGACCACCCAGCUGGCUGAGGCGGUGCUGGCAGAACCUCACUAUCCCUCAAUGAGGCUUCGCACUUUG